AUUUAUUUUUUAAUUUCCAUUUUUCAUUUUCUAAUUUUAAUUUUUCUAUUACUAUUAUUCUAUUAUUCCAAAUAGCGAGUUGCAUUUUGCAACUCUUUAUUAAUUGAGAAAACUAAAAAUCAAUUAGUUACAAUGGAUAUCCUUAAAGCAGAAAUAGAAAAAAAGAGAAAGGAAUUGGAAGAAAAGGAUUUAGUAAGUAAGAAGCGGAAAUAUUUUAGACGAGGUGAACUAACUGCCAAGGAAGUUGCAAAAUAUAAGGACAAAUAUAGUGCAACUGAAGACAAUGCUAGUAGUUCAAAAGAUCCACAGGAAGGAAAUAAAACCCAGGCUGAUGUCAAGCAUAACAUACUUCCACGACAAGAAGUUAUUAACAAACUAAGGGACAGAGGAGAACCCAUUUUACUAUUUGGAGAAUCAGAAACUGAUGCUUGCAAACGUUUGAGGAAAUGUGAAUUGCUUGAACCAGAAAUUAACAGGGGAUUCCGUAAUGAUCUUCAAGAAGCGAUGGAGCAAGUGGAUCAAGAAUAUCUAAAUGAAUUUCUGAAAUCAAAAUCCUCAGAAAAUGGAUCAAAAACAAAAAGUCAUUCACACGAGCCGAAAGUUAGUUAUGAGGAGAUAUGUGUAAUGGCCAAGAAAAUGGGAAGAGGAAACAGGGAACAUGAUAUGACAACUAUUGUUCAUUUUAUACAGCUUAUUUUAUUAAAAUGGGACGAACAACUGAAAUACAGAAGCCAAGACGAUAAAAUGGCAACCAAAGGAAAACUACAAGGUGCCACUUACACACAAACGCAAGAAUAUCUAAAGCCGCUGUUAAGGAAAUUAAAAAGCUUCACACUCCCUGAAGAUAUCUCGGAUAGUUUGACUGAAAUUGUAGUUCACCUUUUAAACAGAAAUUAUCUGAAGGCUAGUGAUGCAUAUCUUCAAAUGGCAAUCGGCAACGCUCCGUGGCCUAUUGGCGUAACCAUGGUGGGUAUCCACGCAAGAACGGGUCGUGAAAAAAUCUUUUCUAAAAAUGUAGCCCAUGUAAUGAACGACGAGACACAAAGAAAAUAUAUUCAAGCGCUAAAAAGGCUUAUGACAAAAUGUCAAGAAUAUUAUCCCACGGAUCCUUCUAGAUGCGUCGAAUAUCAGCCAGCACUAUCAACCGAAUCAGAAUCCUAAUUUUAAUUUAAUUAAUUUGUGAAUAUUUUAAAAAUAACGUGUGGCUUAUAGCAUUUUAUCUAAAACCGAUUAAACUCCACUAGUACGAUAAUAAUUAUUGCAUUUCCAUCAAUUAAUUUAAUUAAAAAAAAAAAAACAUAAUUUUAAUAAAUUAUAUUGAGUAAAUUUAAUAUAACAAGUUAUAAGUUUACCCUAGACUAUAUAAUUUUCAACUCGGUCACAUGUGGCUAAUAGUACCAAUUUUGUCAAACUAUCUUAUUCCAUUUAAUCCAAAUAUAUCUUAUUGAUUUACUUUGUGCUCUGUUUUCCCAAUUCAGCUGCCCUUAGAGCUGCAGCUUCUACCGCAUCCAUGACGGAUCCUCUAAAAUAAAAAAUACAAUCAAAAUAUUAUAAAAACAAACUGCACAUAUUUACCUAACUCCACCUCUUUCCAAAGCAUGUAUACCAGCAAUAGUUUGUCCACCAGCCGAGCACACUUCAUCUUUAAGAGUCCCCAUAUGCUUACUCGUUUCUAGAACCAUUUUGCCUGCCCCCAUCACGGUUUGUGCCGCGAAUCUUGUUGCCAUAUCUCUGUGAAUUCCCAUUCGAACAGCACCAUCUGAUAAAGCUUCGAUAAAAAGAUAU